AUGCUAGCUUCUGUUUUUACACUCUCUGGAUUCAUUGUAUGCGCCCUUGCAGUAUCAUUGGUAGGCGGUGAGCCUACUGAUGAUAAGCCUACCGAUGAGCCUACUGAUAAGCCCUGCGAAGUUAUCAAGUACAGCCCGGAUGCUUUCAAUGACCAUUGUGGAAGCGAAUCAUGGGUCUACAUUCAAAUGUAUUAUGAAACAGCAGCAGUCGAGUCAACGCCCAUUCAGUUGUGCCUUCGCAACAUGGACCAACCGAUGCAUUCUGAGAAGCUUGAAUAUCAGCGAGCCAACGCGAGCGAUAGCCUAGAUGAUGUGGAGUCAAGUUUGGAGUCAGGCCCUUGUUUGAUAUAUCUUUUGCCAAAGUUGAUACACCUUACGGGAUGCCGAUUCAGACGUUACGCUCCUUUUGCAGCCUUGUCAACAAUGUCCACGCCAAACCACUUCCAGAACGUGCAGUGCACAUGGCGCUUCAAAAAUUGA